AUAGAGUUGAUAGCCAAUUAUUUUAUUCAUUCAUCAGCUCCAUACUCUCUGUAAACAUCUCCUCCACACUCUCCAUCUCUCUCUCUCUCUCUCUGACUGUUAGUCUUCCAACUCAUCCAUCGCUUGGGGAGUGUCAUUGGGUUAAUUUGCAAGCAACUCCGAUCAAGUAACCAGACUCGAUCACAUCACAUGGGAGAAGACAUUAGAAGGAGUCUCUUGGUAAAAGAGACAAGUGUCGGGGAAGAAGAGACCAGAGUUAUUGAUGGCGAAGAGGAAUUGUCACUGAAAAGAAGGGUGUGGAUUGAAAUCAAGACGAUGUGGGUGGUGGCUGGCCCUGCUAUAUUCACCAGAGUUGCGUCUUUCGGAACAAAUGUCAUCAGUCAAGCGUUUAUCGGUCACAUUGGCUCUCUGGAGUUAGCGGCUUUUUCACUCGUGUUCACAGUACUUGUCAGGUUCGCAAACGGCAUCUUGCUUGGCAUGGCAAGUGCGCUGGAAACUCUCUGUGGUCAAUCGUAUGGUGCAAAACAGUACAACAUGCUCGGGAUACAUCUUCAGAGGUCAUGGGUAGUACUGUGUGUAGGCACAUUAUUCCUCAUUCCUCUUUGCGUCUUUACAACCCCCAUUUUUGAGGCUUUGGGCCAAGCAGACUAUAUUUCAAAAGUUGCAGGAUAUAUUUCUCUAUGGGUAAUCCCUGUGCUUUUUGCCUUUGUUGUAUCAUUUACCUGCCAAAUGUACUUACAAGCGCAGAGCAAAAAUAUGAUCGUUGCAUACGUGUCAGCAAUUUCAAUUGGAAUCCACAUCUUUCUUUGCUGGCUUUUGAGUGUGAAAUUUAAGUUUGGGGUUCCCGGUGUAAUGGUGUCGACGAUUAUAUCAUAUUGGUUACCCAACAUGGGUCAGCUUUUGUUUAUUCUGUGUGGAGGAUGCCCCGAAACAUGGACAGGCUUCUCGAUGUUAGCUUUUACUGAUCUCUGGGAUGUCGUCAAGCUUUCUAUGUCAUCCGGCGUUAUGCUUUGUCUUGAGCUUUGGUACAACACAAUCUUGGUCCUUUUAACGGGAAACAUGGAAAACGCUGAAGUUUCUAUCGAUGCCCUAUCUAUUUGCCUCAACGUCGUGGGGUGGGAAAUGAUGAUAUCUCUCGGUUUCAUGGCUGCAGCAAGUGUACGAGUGUCGAACGAGCUUGGAAGAGGUAGCUCAAAGGCGGCAAAGUUCUCGAUUGUAGUUGUUGUGUCGGUAUCACUCGCCAUUGGAUUGGUGCUUUUCGUGCUUUUCUUGUUCUUGAGGAAACAACUUGCAUACAUUUUCACCAACGAUGAGGAAGUAGCUGACAUGGUUGCUGAAUUGUCUCCCUUGUUGGCCUUCUCCAUACUGUUGAACAGCGUUCAACCCGUGCUCUCUGGAGUUGCUCUGGGAGCUGGAUGGCAGAAAUACGUAGCAUAUGUGAACCUAGGCUGCUAUUACAUUAUCGGGAUUCCUGUUGGAGUUGUGCUUGGUUGGCCUCUAAAAAUGCAAGUCAAAGGUGUUUGGAUUGGAAUGUUGUUUGGAACACUUGUCCAAACUAUUGUGCUAAUGAUACUCACCUACAAGACUGAUUGGGAUAAACAGGUAGAAAUAGCUCGUGACCGCGUUAGCAGGUGGGGUCAAACAAAUAACGGAGAAUCGAACCCCGACACAUGAAGAAAUGUCUGAUUUUUGUCGUUCUUCAGUUGUUCUAGGCCCACCACGAGAAAGACGCACAGAAGUAACACUUCUUGCGAGCAGAGGAUCUUUUGAGGAUUAAUUGUGUUAUCCAUUUUGCCUUUCGUUUUUCUUUGAUUCAAUCGACUUUCGUUAUGAAAUUGAAGGACAUUAGAGCAUUCUUAACGAAGUGGAGUCAAGGACUCUAGAUACCGCUAAGCCAAAUAGUCAUUGGCAUUUUUCGGUGGGUAAUAAAGCGGCCAUUGGCGUUUUUUUGUCGACAAA